AUGGACAAAUACGUUCAGGUGCGUGUGUUGGGCAAAGGCAGCUUCGGUUCAGCGUGGCUCGUGCAGCGGCGCAGUGACAAGGUACAACUUGUCGCAAAGGAAGUAAGAUUAGCUGGCAUGAAGCCCGCUGAGCGGGAGAGUGCCAAACACGAAAUUGAUGUGUUACGUACACUGAACCACCCUAAUAUUACGCGUUACGUUGAUCAUUAUGAACACCAUGGUUCACUUUUCAUUGUAAUGGAGUAUGCCAAUGGUGGGGAUCUCUACUCAAAGAUUAAAAGUCGUAAAGGUAAUCGAUUUACAGAGACAGAGAUUCUGCAUUACUUCUCUCAACUUUGUCUUGCUUUAUUACAUCUUCAUGAACGUCACAUUCUUCACCGUGAUCUUAAGACUCAAAACGUCUUCUUGACAACAGAUGGUGUGGUGAAAUUAGGUGAUUUUGGAAUUAGUACAAUAUUACGUAAUACCUUUGAGUUGAAGCGAACUGUCUGUGGAACACCGUACUACUUCUCCCCUGAGUUGUGUCUGAACAAACCAUACAAUAAUAAGAGUGAUGUAUGGGCUCUUGGUUGUAUUUUGUACGAAUUAACUACACUUACCCAUGCAUUUGAUGGAAGUAAUAUGAAGGCGCUUGUUCAAAAAAUUCUAAAAGGGGUCUACCCUCCUAUUCAUUCUAGCUACUCAACCAACCUAUCUAAGUUGAUAUCUGCUAUGCUUCAAAUUGAUCCAAAGUUGCGCCCAAAUGUUAGUCAAAUUAUUUCUACUCCAUAUAUUCGUGAAUCUCUCUCAAGUCUACAGAAAGUGGUGGAAGUUGCACACCACGAUUGUCUUCCCUGUAAACCUUCACCCCAAAAGGGGGAGGUUGCACAACCAGCUCAGCAAGACGGCCAGAUGCGUGCAGAGGAACGAAGACGUGAAGAACAGGCGAAAGCUAUGAAAAUGGCCAAAGAGCGACAACAACUACGAUUACAGAUGGAGCAGCGACAACGUGAAAAUGAAGAACGUUUACGGAAUAUACAAGCACAACAACGACAACAGGAGAUUGAACAUAACUUGCGAAAGAAAGAGUUGGAAGCUCGGGCACGAGAGCAACGACGACAUGUUGAGAAACGUGCUAAAGCACAAGCUCUUAUUCAAAAACAAAGGGAAGAAGAAUGGGAACGUAACAUGAGAGAACACGCGGAAUCAAUUAAGCGUAAACAGCGUGAAGAGGAACGUGUUGCGCGUGAGAAAGCGGAGCAAGAGGCACUUCGUGAAAGAUUGUUUAAUAACAAGAAUGAAAAUAAAAAUAGCCCUCCGAACCUUAUUCGGAACCUCAAUCAUAACAAUGAUGAGAGGCCAAAAGAUAAUGCGGCUCCAUCAGCCGCCGAAGCGGCGGAGUUGUACCGUGAGAUGCGGCGACAGGCCGCACUAAAUAAACAACGCUUGUUAGAAGAUAUGAGAGCAGCUCCUGUUUUAGGUCCAAUCGCUGUUGCGGGUGUAGAAAAGCCAUCACCGAUGCCAGCACGUGAUAUUGUGAACCCGAAACCACAACGCUCCAAUUCUUUGGGAAAAAUGACAGCAGAAGAAGCUGAAGAAGCGCGACGACAAGCUUUCUGGCAAAUGAGACGUGAGGCACAAGAGAACAAGCGACGUGCACUUGGAUUAGAUAAUUUACCAGAAGAGGUCCCUUUAAAGGGGCAAGUGUUAGUAGCGCAACCUGGGAAGCCGAAUCAGCAGCCACAACCGGUACAACAACAACAACAACAAGUAGAAGAACAAGUAGAAGAACAAAAGAAAGAAAAACAGCAUGUACAAACACCUCAACCACCACAGAAGGGGGGUGAUUGGACGAAAGAUACUCCCGCUGUUGUACAUGCGAAACGAACAUUAGCAGUAGGAGGCGCACCAGCAGCAUCACCCGUAUCAGGAGAUGAGGUUAAGAACGGGAAAGACGUUCAAGAAGAUGUAUCCGCACCUUCAAACGAUGCCUGUGAGGUACAAAAGCGGGAGGAUGAUUAUAAUGCGCUACAGACGGUUAUCGAUGAUGCACUAAUGCAAGGCGGUAAAGGCGCUGUUGCAGAGGACUUUAGUGAUGAGGCUUUCCCCGAUACAGAUCUUACGAAGUUUAUGUUGGACGGACAAACACUCGUGCUACCAAAUGUUCAGGCAACUGACCCGCUUAUGCAUCGUAUUGAGUCACUUCGCCUCUUUUUGGAAGGGAAAUUAGGCGAACGCUCACUGGUGGGAUGCUACCGCCAGAUGAAUAAUAUCGCCACAGAUGAUGAUGAAGCUAUGUAUCGUGUGGCAAAUAUGUUACCAGAAGAGCAUCAAAAAUAUAUUCCACUGAUCGCACAGUUAAUUGUGUGCGAAGAUGCAUUUAAUCGUCAACUUGUUCAGUAG